AUGCGGGGCCGGAAUACGAGAGCUAGGGUGGCGUUUGGGACACAGGGGCCGAGUAGAUGGGGGGGUAACAUUCUCGCUAAGGUCUGCCGGUGGAAGAUAGCGCAGGAGCAAACUUCUGUCUACGGGGCCAUUGCAGUUGGACGCUACGCCAGGUUUUAUCAGUAUAAUUACGCCCAAAGACUGGUCCAACCCUUGGCCCCGGGAGGGAAUGAGAACCCCCUCUGCAUUGGGAGGGAUUGCUACGGUGUCCAAGACAUGCUAAAUCUGAUCUAUGAUGAUGUGUACCAAGAUGAUGACGAUGACGAGGAGGAGGAGGAGGAGGAUGAUGAUGACAAUGAUGAUGAUGGACAAGAAGAGGAAGCAGUGGAAGACAACGACGAUGACGACGAUGACGACGAUGAAGAAGAGGAACCUGAUGAUUCGGACGAUGAGGAUUAG